AUGCCUCUCUGCGGACUGAUACGGCGCCGCGGUGCAAAGUGCGACAAACCCCAGCGCGCGCGCACCAUGUCAAUCUUUGGCAACUCGAAUAUCCAGGCUAUUGGCGCUCUCAAGGACAUGGUUCGCUUCACCACCGCUGCUUCUCCGGCUCCCAUGCAUGGUUGGGAUCCGGUUACAAUACAGAAACCUCCACCGACCGACGAAAGUUCUAGCCAAAGUUCGAACCCACAAGCACCAAUCUCCAACAUCCCCGACAUACACAUCACGAACGAGAUGUGGGAAGCUCUUGACCGUACAUACGAAGAAAUCAAAGACUCAGAGACUUACCUUUCCAGAGCUAAAUUUGCCGAGUUCCUGCGGACAACCCAGGGCGAGAGCGAGAGCGCUGUUGAGAAACUUUCCAAGGAUUAUUAUACUUUGGGUGAAUUCAAGUUUACAUGGCAUACCGAAUUUUCGUGGGAAGCAACUGCACCCCUUCCCGCAAAAGAUCUUUCGAAGCCUCUUACAAACUACUUCAUCAACAGCAGCCACAAUACGUAUCUUGUUGGGAAUCAACUUGCUUCUUUGAGUAGAAGCUCACCCGAGGCGUACAAGACAGUUCUCCUUCGUGGAUGCCGGUGCAUCGAAAUUGAUGUAUGGAACGGAGAUACUGUCAUUCCCACGACAAGUAAUAGAUCUGACCACAGGCGCGGGUUAUCAGGUGAAUCGUUUCCCAAUGUCGCCACAACCGUGAUCGAGAAAGUAGAAGAUUAUCUUACCGACAAGGCUACCAAUCAUUCCCGUAGCGGCAGUUUUGGAAGCCGCAGUUCAUCUUCAAGAUCGAGUGUGAAUCGGAUUCCUCUCGAUACUCGCGAGUCUGGCGAUCUUCUCGAUGUCGCGAAACCACCUGCGCCACGCCCAAGGAUGUCGUUUCCCAAGGAUGAGCCCAUUGUAACACACGGAUGGACUCUAACCGCCCCGUGUGGGUUCAGGGAGGUGUGUAAAGCUGUUGCUGAAGCUGCGUUCGUCGAGAAUGAUCUUCCCAUCAUUGUCAGCUUGGAAGUACACGCAGACGAGGAUCAACAAGAAGUGAUGGUCAAAAUCAUGAAGCAAGAAUGGGGAGAAAUGCUUGUGGACAAGCCAUUGGAUGACAUUGGCCCAAGGAUACAGCUGCCGAAGCUAGGCGAGCUACGAAGGAGGAUUCUCAUCAAGGUCAAGAGGGCUCCCGCAAAGAUAGUGGUUCCACCGAGCACGAUGGAUCUGCCUGCUAUCUAUGCCCACGACGAGGAUGCAUCCGGCUCCGAGGACGAACGUUCAUCACAGCCUUUGGGGCCUUCUCUGGUUGGGUCCAACAGCACAUUCCCUUCCCACACAAAGAGCACCAACUCCAAGGUGAACAUAUGUGAGAACCUUGGUAAAUUGGCCAUCUACACACGUAGCCAGCACUACAAGGGCCUCGCGACUAAGGAAGCCAAAAUCCCAUCUCACAUCUUUUCCAUCAGCGAGAACCGCAUUCUCGAGCUCAACCAAAAGCAGCACCGAGAAAUGUUCACCCACAACAAGGGUUAUUUCAUGCGUGCUUUCCCCGCAGGUCGAAGGUUCGACAGUUCGAAUCCAGACCCGAGUGCCUUCUGGCGAGGUGGUGUUCAAAUGGUCGCCAUGAACUGGCAGUACUUAGAUGAGGGCAUGAUGCUUAACGAAGGUAUGUUCGCGGAUGAGAAAGGCUGGGUUCUGAAGCCCGAGGGCUACCAGAGUUCAAAUACUUCUGCAGAGACCCAAAGUGAAGCCACUCCAGGUUGCACCAUGGACUUGAGAAUCAUCGUCUUUGCCGGCCAGCACAUUCCCAUACAAGCCGGCGACGCAACGGACGCCGCCCGUUCUGCCAGCACGCUUCGCCCAUUGAUUAAGGCGGAACUACACGUAGAAAAGUCUACCGACCCUGAACGGGAUGAACAUGCGUACGAAUGCAAGUACAAAGACAAAACAGACAUUGGCAAGACAGACCAUCCCGACUUCGGCCCUCGUGGCUCGCUCAUCCAGUUCCUCAAUAUUCCCAAGGUGGUCGAGGAGCUGAGUUUCAUUAGAUUCAAAGUCGAAGACGAUUCAUCUAGGCUUGGCAGCUCGCCAUUGCUUGCAUGGGCUUGCAUCCGACUAGACCGCCUGCGUCCAGGCUAUCGAUUCAUUCGACUCAUGGACUCUACGGCCCGCCCCAUACCGGGUGGAAAGUUGCUAGUCAAAAUCGAGAAGACCCUGAUUUGA